AGAAAAAAAUAAAUAAACAUCUAGCCCUCUGACGACAUAUUGGCAGAACCACAAAUGUCAAAAAAAAAAAACAACACUUAAUUAUUUAAUUAAUUAUAUUGCCAACAAUGACACCGUCAAAUACAAUUAAUUGUCAACAAUUAGAAGAUUCAAUUAACCAGGACAUAUUAUCGUCAACUGUUAAUUGUGAUAAAUAUAGCUAUGAAAAAUGUGUUGAAUGGAUCAAUGCACGUGGAUUAGAAAAGGUUUGUUUACAAUUUCCUGAUUCUUUAUUAUCUGAAUCAGCUAAAAUUGCAAUAAACAUUGAAGAGUUAUUGAAAAAAAAUGUUUAUAUACUUGGUGACACAACAUGUGGAAGUUGUUGUAUUGAUGAAGUUGCUGCCAAUCACAUUGGUGCUGAUGGUGUUAUACAUUUUGGACAUGCAUGUUUAAAUCCAACAUCAAGACUUCCAGUAUUUCAUAUUUUGCCAAAAAAUAAUAUCAAUAUUCAAGCUUUUAUUGAUAAAUUUCAACAAUUUUUUACUGAUAAUAAUGAAAAAAUAUUGUUAUUUUAUUCUGUUUAUUAUGCUAAUUCAAUUGAAACAAUUUGGAAUAUUUUAAAAGAUAAAUAUCCAAAUCUUGUAUUGACAACAUUAAAUUGCAAGUCAAAUGUUGAUUUUGUUGAUACAAAAAAUGCAACAAGUGCUAUUAUUUCUGGAAGAAGUUGGAUAUUAAAUGAUGAUACUUGUCUUGAAGAUUAUCAUGGUGUAUUUAUUGGUGACAAUGACAAAACUUUGGCAUCAUUGGCAAUGAGUAUACCAACAAAGACAUGGCAAUAUACUGUUGAUGAUGAGUUGAAGACAUUUGAAGUAACAAAAAAUCCUUGGCUAAGAAGAAGAAGAUUUUUAGUUGAAAAAUUAAAAGAUGCAAACACCGUAGGAAUUGUUGUUGCAACAUUGGGUAUCAAGGAUUACAUGCAAGCAUUGUCAAAUAUUAAAAAUAUUUUAAAACAAAAAAAUAAAAAAUCAUAUGUAUUCAGUGUUGGAAAACCAAAUCCAUCAAAACUUGCUAAUUUUCCAGAGGUGGAUGCAUUUGUUGUUAUAGCAUGUCCAGAAAAUGAUAUAUUUGAUUCAAAAGAUUAUUAUAAACCAAUGCUAACACCAUUUGAAGUUGAGCUUGCAUUUAAUAAUUCUAGAAGCUUUACAACUAAUUAUUGUCUUGAUUUUCGACAAUUAUUACCUGGUGGUUUUAAUUAUGUUGAAUUUAAACCAACUGAUGAUUCUGAUGUAUCAAUGUUGUCAAAUGAAAUAAGAAAUACAAAUAAAAUUACUUGUACAAUUGAUAAAAUGGAUACAGUUGCUUGUAAAGCUGAUGGAACUGUAGCAAUUGGUAAAUCUGGUGCUAAUUUUUUGUUAAAUAGAUCUUGGCAAGGUCUUGAACAAAAACUUGGUGAAAAUAAUAUUGAAAUUGCAACAAAAGGACGAAGUGGAUUACCAACAAGUUAUGACAAUGAACCUGUUAAAAAUAAUAAUCAAUUGACUGAUAAAUAAAUAAUUUAUUUUGUGAAAUA